AUGGAUGAAGAAGAGGUGGCGGCCUCCGACCUUGCUUUUGAGGAACAAAUGAGAAUAGACCAGUCCAGAAAGGAGGCUCAAAUGCUCUCAGAGGCCAGUGCUCAUGCUCUUAACAGCAUGAGUGCUUCCAUGAUGGGGAAUGAUGCUGGCACACUGGCUGAGUUGCAUACACUAAGUGACUCCUUGAGGAGGCUGUCCUCUGCUGACUAUGAUUUGUAUUCGCACGAUAAACCAGCAGCAGAUCCUCCACAGCAAUUGGGCGAAGCUGAGCCAAUCUCUCCACCACAAGAGCCACCAAUUCAGGCUGCCUUUGUGCAAUCCAGACAUGUCGAACCGGCCAGCACAGCUGCUUUUGUGUCAGGUCCACAAGAGAGCCAGGAACCAGCAAUGGAUGAACAAGAGGUGGCGGCCUCAGACCUUGCUUUUGAGGAACAAAUGAGAAUAGAUCAGUCCAGAAAGGAGGCUCAAAUGCUCUCAGAGGCCAGUGCUGAUGCUCUUAAUAGCAUGGGUGCUUCCAUGAUGGGGAACGAUGCUGGCACACUGGAUGAGUUGCAUACACUAAGUGACUCCUUCAGGAGGCUGUCCUCUGCUUUGUAUGAUUUGUAUUCGCACGAUAAACCAGCAGCAGAUCCUCCACAGCAAUUGGGCGAAGCUGAGCCAAUCUCUCCACCACAAGAGCCACCAAUUCAGGCUGCCUUUGUGCAAUCCAGACAUGUCGAACCGGCCAGCACGGCUGCUUUUGUGUCAGGUCCACAAGAGAGCCAGGAACCAGCAAUGGAUGAAGAAGAGGUGGCGGCCUCCGACCUUGCUUUUGAGGAACAAAUGAGAAUAGAUCAGUCCAGAAAGGAGGCUCAAAUGCUCUCAGAGGCCAGUGCUCAUGCUCUUAACAGCAUGAGUGCUUCCAUGAUGGGGAAUGAUGCUGGCACACUGGAUGAGUUGCAUACACUAAGUGACUCCUUCAGGAGGCUGUCCUCUGCUGAGUAUGAUUUGUAUUCGCACGAUAAACCAGCAGCAGAUCCUCCACAGCAAUUGGGCGAAGCUGAGCCAAUCUCUCCACCACAAGAGCCACCAAUUCAGGCUGCCUUUGUGCAAUCCAAACAUGUCGAACCGGCCAGCACGGCUGCUUUUGUGUCAGGUCCACAAGAGAGCCAGGAACCAGCAAUGGAUGAACAAGAGGUGGCGGCCUCAGACCUUGCUUUUGAGGAACAAAUAAGAAUAGAUCAGUCCAGAAAGGAGGCUCAAAUGCUCUCAGAGGCCAGUGCUGAUGCUCUUAACAGCAUGGGUGCUUCCAUGAUGGGGAAUGAUGCUGGCGCACUGGAUGAGUUGCAUACACUAAGUGACUCCUUCAGGAGGCUGUCCUCUGCUGAGUAUGAUUUGUUGUCGCAGGAUAAACCAGCAGCAAAUCCUCCUCAGCAACUUGGAGAAGCUAUGCCUGAACCAAUCUCACCACCACCUGAUGAGCCAUACUUGCAGGCCGCCUUUGUGCCAUCCGGAUUUGUUGAGCCGGCCAGCACCUCUGCCUUCAUUUCAAGUCCACAAGGCAGUGAGGAACCAGUAAUGGAUGUACUAGCAGAUGGGGCCGCAGAAGUUGCUUUUGAGGAAGUGGUAGAUAAACCAGAUCAUGACCUGGGUUUAUCUGGUGAUCUGAGCUGGCAACAUGUACAAGAUAAAGCACACAGCCUGGCAGAAGAAAGUUCUCGUGCACUGGAUAGAGUGACUGAUGCAAUGGUGAGCAAUGAUGCCAAGACUUUGGAGGAACUGCAGAGUCUCAGCUUUUCUCUGAAGAAUCUGGCUUCAGAUGAGAAUAAUUUCUGGUCUAGUUUUGCUAAAGCUGGAGAUUCUGCACAAGACUCUGGGGAUGCAGGUGAUCAUGCUGAUGUUGCUGACAUGAAUCUUGAUAUCAUAUCAGUUCCCAAUUCAAGUGAUCCAGAAGCUGACUUCAGCCUGGAUUUGCCACCUGUUGUCACUGUUAACCCGUACAUGGAUGUGGAUUCUCAUUCUCUUGAGCAAGCAGUUUCUCUGGCAGAAGAAAGUACGAAGGCAAUUGGUAUCUUGUCUGCUUCUAUGGUUGAAAACGAUGACUCCAUUCUUGAUGAGCUCCAGACACUCAGCGAUGGUUUCAAGAAGCUGGCAUCUGACAAUUGUGACUUCUUGGGACUCUUUGGUGGCAGUGGUACAGGCUCUGGUGUUGUAUCCAGUGAAGCAGCUACAUCAGAUGGACCAUCAGAUGCUGACAAUGAUACAGUGCCAACUGAGGCCUUCCUUGACAGCAAUGCUCCCAUGCUGGAGCAAGUGGCCUCUGUCACACCUCCACGGAGCAGAUCGGAGCUAUCUGACCGCAGCGGAGGUGGCAGAGAAACUAGCGAGUUUGCUUUGACAGCUCAUGAUGGGGCAGAUUCCAUUCUGGAUUCAAGUGAAGUUCCAACUACUGAGUUUGAUAUGAAUGGUGGCACUUUUGACGAGUCCAAGGCUGAGACCACUGCUGAAUUUGUUCCUGGCACAUCAACUUGGCUCAGUGAAUCAACCAAAUAUUCUUCUUCUCUAUCAGCAAAUCGUGAUCUGCAAGAGACGCCCGUCAAGCAGACAAGGCCAACACCAAGAAAGUAUUCCAAGCCAGUUUCAGAUGCUUUGAAAGAAAUGUCUGAUACAUUGACACAGGGUUUAGCUCGUCGCCUUGCUAGUUUGACGGAACUGAGUGAGGGAUUUAAAGACUUGGUGAAGAUUAGUGAAGGUAGUCAUGCACCAGAGGAUGUUACACAAGAGGAGAAGGGAUCUGUCAUUCAAAAGGAUGACUCUGUUGCAUCUUCUGGUUCUGUGCCCAGAGGUGCGGGCACUGGCCCAGCACUCUACAGGAAUUAUGCGAAAUGGAAGGGCCCUGCUGGUAUGAAGCCUCCACCAGUGAGAAUGUUGAAGGAAGGUACUCUAGCAAAGGCAUCUGGCCUUGUGAACGGGCAAUUUGAUACUCCACCUGCCAACACAGAUGACACACGCCAGGCAGCAGAGAAAUUGCCUGAGGGGCAAAGGACACUAGCACCUGACCUUGCCCACGUGCUGGAUGGCAGUGCAGAUCUAGCUGAUGCAACAUUACAAGCUCAAGAUGACCCAGCAAGUCCCAGCAAGGAAAAUUCCUAUUUAUCAAUCUACGAUCAAAUCAUCAAUCAGUUAGUAGAGGGGCUUCCUCCUGAACAGAGGACAGCAGCAAUUUACAAUGCCUACAUCAGAGAUAGGGAUGCAUUUGAGAAGCUGGCCAAGAUGAGAAGGGAGGGCAAACUACCCUUGGAACAAAACUCCAAAGACAUUGAUGUGCCUCCUUAUGUUCAAGGCACUGGGUUUAACCCUUUUGAAAGAACUGGUGGGACUCUGAAAAGCUCUGUUGCCAUCAGUGCACUAGGAAUCAGUGCCAUUGUAGCUCUCACAGCUCUCAAGGCAGGCAACACCACAGCUGGGCUCUAA